CAUGUUAUCAGGUGAACUUCCUGGUAGUAUUGGUUCUUGUGUGAAGUUAGAAGUCCUACAAUUGCGAGGUAACUUAUUCAAUGGAUCGAUUCCUUCUUCAAUGGUUUCAUUGAAAGGGAUUCAAGAUUUGGACCUUUCUCGUAACAAUUUGUCAGGUGAAAUUCCAAAGUUUUUAGAGGGAUUUGCCUUGAAUAAUUUGAACCUAUCUUUUAAUGAGUUUUGGGGAGCAGUACCAAUUGAAGGUGCUUUUAAGAAUGCGAGUUCGACUUCAUUUGCUGGAAACGCCAGGCUAUGUGGUGGUAUUUCUAUUCUCCAACUUCCCAAGUGCAACUCCAAAGUGUCCAAGAAUGCCAGAUUGUCCACUAGCUUGAUAUUAAUAUUCUCUUUAGUAUCUGGGUUUGCAUUUCUUGGAAUGGUGAUGGUGAUUUCUUUUUUAUUUGUUUGUUCAUCAAGAAAGAAACACAAAGGAACCGCACCAAGCACUUUGGGAAACUCUUUUUUGCAACUGUCCUAUGGUACUCUGCUCAAAGCUACUGAUGGGUUCUCUCCAACAAAUUUGAUUGGCGUGGGUGGUUUUGGAUCUGUGUACAAAGGACUUCUGGACGAUUUUGAAACUCAGCCUGUUGCUGUCAAGGUGUUUAACAUGUUACGCCAAGGAGCCUCUAAGAGUUUCAUAGCUGAGUGUGAAGCAAUGAGAAAUAUCCGGCACCGAAAUCUUGUCAAGGUUAUAACUGCAUGUUCAAGUGUUGAUUAUCAUGGUAAUGAUUUCAAGGCUUUGGUGUAUGAGUUCAUGGAAAACGGGAGCUUAGAGGAGUGGUUGCACCCAACUACCGGGACACCCAAGAAUUUGAGUCUUCUUCAAAGGCUCGAAAUCGCCAUUGAUGUUGCAAGUGCAUUAGAUUAUCUUCAUAAUGACAGUGAGACACCAGUUGUUCAUUGUGAUCUCAAGCCCAGCAAUGUACUUUUGGGGAAAGAAUUGACUGGACAUGUUUCUGACUUCGGACUCGUAAGAUUUCUCCCAAACCUAUCCAGUAAUUUUCCGGAGAACCAAACAAGUUCCGUUGGAAUAAGAGGAUCUGUUGGUUAUGCUGCUCCAGAGAUGUUCACGGCGAAGAGACCCACUGACAAUAUGUUUAGCGAUAAUUUCAACCUCCAUAAUUUUGUGAAGGCGGCUUUGCCCCAGCGAAUUACAGAGGUUGCCGAUUCACUGCUUCUUCUUCGCGAAGGAGGAAACUCGGGCGCAAGCACUAGUACUGCCACUCCCAGUCAAUGCAGCAUGACUACCGAAAAAAUCCAAGUGUGUUUGAGUUUAAUAUUUCAAAUUGGAAUCGCGUGUUCUGCGGAGUCCCCGAGAGACCGAAAGGAUAUCGACGAAGUUAUAUCUGAAUUGCGAUCCAUCAGGGUUGUUCUUCUUGGAAAGAAGCUUUUUCCCAACAAGUUCAGCCAACUACGUUUUAAGUCAAUUUCUUCCAACAAGUUGAAUAUGAAGGGUCGCUCAUCCAAUUUCUAA